UCUUCAUUCGAUAUUAAGUGCAUCCUGGAUACGUGGUACAUACAACAUGAUUGCAAUCAAUUAUCUCGCCAUCUGGCUGAUCACCAACCUCAGCGCAUUUUUCACCACCGUCCAUGCACAGUCAGUGCCCUCCUCCGAAUGCGCCACGGGCAUCCAUGCAAUCCUCGCGCGUGGAGAGGGCGGCGGCGAUCCCUUGAACGUCCUCGUCUCCAUAUCCAACUUGAUCCUCGAGCAGAUCCCGGGCUCUACCACCCUCGGACUGCCCUAUCCAUACGGCAAUGAAAACAAGGCUCAAGCGGUGCACGACGGUGCAUUAAUGUUCCAGGACUAUGUUCAGCAGUACGUUGCCAGCUGUCCGAAUGCGAAGAUACUGCUGCUGGGGUAUUCGUUGGGCGCGUGCGCCAUGAUGGACGCCCUCUGUGGCACUAGUUCCUUCUUCUUCGACCCUGUCUCAGCGCUGCAAUCGACAUAUGCGAAGAAUGUGAUCGUGGCCGCUGCAUACGGAGAUGAGACGUACGUUCCUGGUAUGCCCUGGAACACAGGCAACUGCACCAUCGGACUGGGAAUUUUCCCUCGAUUGAACCCGCACUCUUGCGACCCGUUCGCGGCCUCCCUCCACAGCUACUGUGAUUACGGGGAUAGCCAGUGUUGCGCCCUGCUCCCCUGGGAUGACAAUGCCGCCCACCAUACCUAUGUAGACAAGUACAACCAGGCUGUGGUGGACUUUGCCAAGCAGCGACUGGCAGAGGUGGAUGGACCCUAAUUGAGUAUGGGUAUAGGGCUGUUGCGUCCACGGGUGUUCAGCCGCUUAAAAGCCUGAUGUUGAAUUGAGCUUUACAUGAAUGAUCACACAGUACCAUAUAAUGAAAAUCCAAU